CGCUUGCUUAUCAGGGAUCUAAAUCUACAUCAUCCAGAUGUAUGUAAUGCUGCUUUGAGAAAAUAUCUAUUGUUAAAUGUGAUGUAUAUGUAAUAUAUUUUUGGAAUACUCCCAUUACCCACAUUCAUCUGAGACGAUUUCCUGACUCGAUUUUAAAGCAAUGAGAGUAUUUCUGAGUGUCUUGGAUCAUGUUUAGAUGACUAAUUAUAAAGCUGAGGUGAUCUAUUAUGUUGUGUCUUGAACUUCUGCCCUUUCUUUGCUCAUCACCGGCGCAUGCGCAGUGAGACGAGGGCGGGGCCUUUCUGUAGGGGAGGGGCAGAAUCGGCUGGAGUAUGCAAAGCGAGCAGCGGACCGUUGGUGUGUUUCAGGACGUUGGCACAGUUUCUUAUGUUCUACAGUGUAGAUUAUGUGUACAGGUGCUCUUACAUGAUGCAUGCUGUUUAUUGAUGACCAUGAUGGCCAACCUGGUGGAAGACAACGUCAUGUUAUAAUCUCUGGACUUCUAUGAAUGCAUGAGCUUUGAGGUGGCUGAUCAAAGUGUGCGCUGAGGCAAGCAGCUACUGAAGAGGGCAUCGUGAGUGCUCACGCAGGGGGAUGGAAGCAGUGGACUAGCCAAGUCUACCUCCCUGAUGCUCUGGGUGUGGUGGAUAUCCGUUAGGAGAUGAAUCGGCUCCUGUGAUCACCUCACACAUCCUGCCAGUAUCGCAGCUCUGCAUUUUGUGCAUGAAGGAUGGGACCCAAAGUGGAUUUAUCGGUACUUGUGCUUGGUUUCUGCUGCAGGGGAAUGGGGCUGCUGUGGACACUGCUGGUGUCUGCUCUGUUUGCCUGCAGCUCUGCUAUUCUCAUGGACACUGUAGAAAGCCACAGCAUGUUUACCUGUGAGCCCAUAGGGCUCCGAAUGUGUCAGGAUCUCCCCUACAACACCACCUUCAUGCCCAACCUGCUCAACCACUAUGACCAACAGACAGCCGCUCUCGCCAUGGAGCUCUUUCACCCCAUGGUGAACCUGCAGUGUUCUCCAGACCUGAGGCCUUUCCUGUGUGCUCUCUACGCCCCCGUGUGUACGGAGUAUGGCCGCAUGUCGCUGCCCUGCCGCAGUCUGUGUAUCCACUCAAAGAGAGACUGUCACAAGCUAAUGGAUAUGUUUGGUGUGUCGUGGCCUGAGGAGAUGGACUGCAGCAGGUUCCCAGAGUGUGAUGAGCCGUAUCCGCGUGCUGUAGACAUGCUGACCACUCUGAACACCUCAGACGAGUUGCCCAUGACUGUGCAGAGAGACUAUGGUUUCUGGUGUCCUCGUGAAUUGAAGAUUGAUCCUGAGCUGGGUUACACCUUCCUGGGUGUGCGUGACUGCUCUCCUCCUUGCCCUAACAUGUAUUUCAGACGAGAGGAGCUCACCUUUGCCCGCUACUUCAUUGGCGUUAUCUCUAUAGUCUGCUUGUCUGCAACACUCUUCACGUUUCUUACCUUCCUCAUCGAUGUCACGCGCUUCCGCUACCCGGAGCGACCCAUCAUCUUCUACGCUGUGUGCUACAUGAUGGUGUCGCUGGUCUUUUUCCUGGGCUUUCUGCUGGAGGAGCGUGUGGCGUGUAAUGCGGCUAACCCGGCCCAGUUCAAAGCCUCCACGGUGACGCAGGGCUCCCAUAACAAAGCAUGCACUCUGCUCUUCAUGGUGCUCUACUUCUUCACUAUGGCUGGAAGCGUGUGGUGGGUGAUCCUAACAAUCACCUGGUUUCUGGCUGCUGUGCCCAAGUGGGGCAGUGAGGCCAUCGAAAAGAAAGCCCUGUUGUUCCAUGCCAGUGCCUGGGGCGUACCUGGUGUGCUGACUGUAGCGCUACUGGCCAUGAAUAAGAUCGAGGGAGAUAAUAUCAGUGGCGUGUGCUUCGUAGGACUGUACGAUGUGCACACACUGCGCUGGUUUGUGCUGGCUCCACUGUGCCUGGACGUGCUGGUCGGCGUGUCUCUUCUCCUGGCUGGAAUUGUGGCCCUAAACCGCAUCCGCAUGGAGAUCCCGCUAGAGAAAGAGAACCAGGACAAGCUGGUGAAGUUCAUGAUCCGUAUUGCCGUGUUCUCUGUUCUGUACCUGGUGCCACUGCUGACGGUGUUGGGCUGUUACCUGUAUGAACAGGCGUACCGUCCAGUGUGGGAGACCACCUGGGUACUGGAUCGCUGCAGAGAGUAUCACAUCCCCUGUCCUUAUCAGGUGGAGCAGACAAGCAGGCCUGACCUGGUUCUGUUCAUUAUGAAGUACCUGAUGGUGUUGGUUGUUGGCAUCCCGUCUGUUUUCUGGGUGGGCAGUAAGAAGACCUGCUUUGAGUGGGCCAGCUUUCUUCAUGGCCGCAGACGCAAAGACAGUACAGUGAACGACAGCCGUCAGGUUCUGCAGGAGCCCGACUUUGCUCAGGCACUGUUGCGUGACCCCAAUACACCCAUCAUACGCAAGUCACGUGGUACAUCCACACAGGGCACGUCCACCCACGCCUCCUCCACUCACCUGGCCACAUUAGACGAUGUGCGCAGCAAAGCGAGCAGCAUCCACAGCAAGAUGAGCAGCUACCACGGCAGUCUGCACCGCUCCCGUGACGGCAGGUACACUCCUACCAGCCACAGGGCCAUGGAGGAACGCCCACCCUAUGGGAGCAUGCCCCGCCUUAACGAGCAGCUAUCCCGUCACAGCAGCCUACACCGACUCGACAGCCAAUCACGACACAGCAGCGCACGGGACUUAAGUCAUCCUCCACCUACCAACAUAACACACGGCUCCAGCAUGAACCGCGUGGUGGAGGAAGAUGGAGCGAGCGUGUAAUAACUAGACGGUUUAGUUUACACACAUUGUCCUCAGCAUCUCCCUCUGAACAAUCUAGAACAAGAGACUCUUUACUCUGCAGAGGGAGAAGGUGCACAUGUGAAGACUGCACUCAAGCUAUACACAGUUUGUGUAUUUUACUGGUAAAGAAGAAAAACAAAGUGUCAGGCCAUGCUGUCAGUGGUACACCACAGACCACUGAAAGAAUUGUUUCUUUGAUACUGUAAAGUUCAGGUGAUGGGACAAGUGAGUAACAUAAUACAGCAUUAUUCUGCCCCCUGCUGAGGACUGCAGACAUGUUUCUCUUUUUGUUUAUUGUUUUUUUUUUUUAAAGUGAGCAGCUUGCAGCUGUGCAGUCUUAGAAACUCAGUGUCUUACAUGCUGACUUGCAGCUUUUUCCUCGUGCAGUCGUUACCACGGCUGUGAGCAGCUCAUCAGAGCAGCUUCACUCAGUGAGGCUCUUUUACAUCUUAGCCUUCUUCAUGUUCAAGCACUUCCCCCCUUGUCAGCGUAAAGACGAUGGGGGAAAUUAAGACAAAUGUUACAGUACUUGGCAGUUACGUGCCUCUGGCAAGCAAUUAAAUACACAAGACAAGGAUGAAGAAAGUAAAAGAUUUACUCACAUUAGCUCUUGUGAUGUGUAAGUUUUCUGUACAUUUAUUACAGUACUCCUCAGAAACCGCAGACCUGAAAACCUCACUCCCACCAGAUGGACCAUACCCUGCUGCAUCAGCCUACCUCAUCAGCCCAGAGAUCCCAGACCUGCCUCAGAUCACACCAAACAUUCAACCUGUGAUCGCUGUCCUUGUAGUGAUUAUUAAUGAUUUAGAGCCAGUUUUAGAAGCAGAGUGGCUUCACUGGCACAGCACAGCAAAAUGCAUUUGUUUUCAACACAGGUCUGUAACUUCACGGGAAAGAAAACAUUCACAGAGGUGUAAAUGUAUUUUGUGCACACUACUGAUGGCAUGCUGCCUGUGGCGAGAGAAGUGUAAACAACUCGAACCAGAAAAUUGUGCUGAGUGAACAAAUCCGAUUUAAAAAUCUACAUUAAUAAACACCGAAGCGAGAAGUCCCACAACAGUGCAGAAGUGUGUGGUUACUGCUUCUGGUCCAUCCAUCAGCUCCGUUCUGCACACUAUAUGCAAAUAGCUUUGAACACUAUUUCUGCUUGACAUUUCUGUUGCUUUCUUCCCGUAUGCAAUGUGUGCUCCUACUGUAAGCAUGUAUAUGUGCAACACUGUAAAGUAUUUCUGCUUCCAGAUGCUUUUCUGGUACAGAAUUCAAAAUUUAAUACAUAUUUAUAUCAAGUUAUGAAUAUUUUGUAUUAUUGUUUUUUUUUUUAAACUGAGCUGCACCAAGUCAAACUUUUGUUAAAUUGUAGCUAAAUCCUGAUGUCUGGGUGAUUUAUCCUGAGUGCUUUUGUUUACCUGUUGGGAAAGUGAAAUAUCUUUGUGGUAUUUAGUGCCUGAAAAUGUGACCGUGGACCUGAGCUUUGUGAAAUGAUGACGCUUUAACAGCUACUACUGCUUCUUUAGUUUUUUGGCCUUCAGUCUCGAAAGUAUGUACAAUGCUUUGUUCUCUACUUUUGUCUUUACUGUAGGGACUGCAGAUUUUCUUAGAGGGAGGAAGAUUUAGCACUUUAACUGUAAGCUGUUGAAUGUGUAAUGAUAUUCUUUGCAGUUUUAGGGUCUUGCAAAAAUUUCAGAUCUUUUUUUUUAAUAAAGAAAUAAAAUUGCUGUUGAA